ACGAAAAUGCGGAUAGAUAAAUUUGGAAGCAUUGCCAAGGCAUCAAUCCCAAACAGUGGAUUAGCUGUGUCGUAGAACUUGGAUAUCUCAUUACACUAUUGUGUUUAGACCGCAGAUCAUAUCAUUGAUGAAGUUUAUUUAGUACAGGGAGUGACGGGUUGCCAUGACGACCAUGGAGUCACCUCAGAUCCAGGUUACAUCAUACGAGGACUCCAGCAGAAAAGUCCCAGAUGACGACGACGAUAUUGACAAGGAAUUAGAGUCAUUUAUCGCCACCAGAAAAAAUGAAGAUGAAAAGGAAGAAGAUGAAAUCUCAUCAAUUAGAUCAAAUGAAAGUGAGGCUGAGAAGCCAAUCCAAAAAGAGGCUGACACAGAUCAAAAAGUGGAGCCAAAUGAAACAGUGAACGAAACAAGAGAAGAGGAAAAAAGGGAAGAAGUAAAAGUGGAAAAAGAGGAAAGAAAGGAGGAAAAGAGAGAGGAAAUGAAGGAAAAUGUAGAGGAAAAGAAGGAGGAGGAAAAAGUGACCAAAAGUGACAGAGACACUGAAGUUGACACUGACAGUGAUAAAGUUGAUUCACGGCCGAGUUCUGCGAUGGCCGAUAGGAAGGAGGAGGAAACGUCCCGAGAGAAAAUGACGGAUGAUGAGGACUCGGAACCAAACGAUUACACAUUGACCGAGGACCAGAAACGAGCCCUCAAAGAGAUCGAGUACCUGAAGAGUGAGAUGGGAUUACCGGAGGAAGAUCCCCCAGAGUAUGAUGUCAAGGAAAGAUUAAAAACGUUAAACGAGGAACUUGCCAAUGACCCAACCCCUGUGGAAAAAAGUAACUCUAAAAUUAAAUUUAAAGCUAAUCUAGUUGACUUAGUGGCUCCACCUCCCGACUACCCAGACGAAGAAACGCCCCGAGAAAAUUCAGGAACUCCACAGUCUCAGGAAGCUGGCAAGGAAAACGAAGUGAAGAACAAUGAGAAAAAAGUUUUAAUCGAGUGUGAUGGAAAAUUCGAAUUAGUCAGUGAAAAUGACGUUAGGGCUAAGGACAUGGGUUUACCUGUUUUCAGUAGUGAUAAAGAAAACAUAAAUAAUAGUAGCACAACGGACUCAAAUUCUAACGGUGAUUUCAAUCGCAAACCUGCUCCGCCUUCUCAACCGAGACCCGCCACCGCCAACGGGAAUUCCCGACGCUCGCGACCUGGGUCAUCGAAACAGCGAGCCUCGUCAGCGGGGACACACAGAGGGUCGGUGUUAGGUGACUUUAAUUAUAAUUCGCCAUAUGCGAUGUCGCAGCAUGAUAAAAAACUCGUAGAAGAACAGACCAAACAGCGAGAACAAAGAGAGAGAGAAAGAAAGCAGCUGGAGAAACAAGAAAAGGAAUAUCAGGAGAGAGAGAACAACGAUGCGUUUCAAGCUUGGCUUCGUCAAAAGAGGGAGGAGGCUCGGGUGCGAAAACAGAGAGAGGAGGAGGAGAAAAAGAAAGGCAAACAGUCCCCCAGACAGCAGCAAUCCCAUGGUAGCAACUCAGACAUGGAAUCGUACGAAUCUCUACCCCAAAGCGAAGACCAGGAUGAACAGGUCAAGGAGGCUUACUCAACUUGGCUGAAGAGCAAACAGAAACAACAAAAACAGGAGAAACUGCUGAAGAAGCGGGAAGAGAUGGAAUCCACAGAUGGCUUCUACAUCCGCUCGCGGCAGGAAUGUGACCAGGCCUUCAGACAGUGGCUUAGGCAAAAAAAUGCGGAAAUUCGGAAAAAGCGUGCUACCGAACGCCAGGCAAUUAAACUUCAAAGAUUGAUGGCAAGGAGAAGCAAGAAGGCUAACACGCUUCGGAGAGCUGUAGUCUUUUCCGACGCUUUCCGAUUUUGACAGAAAAAUCAUCAAAUCAAAAAAAUUUAGUAACCCCUUUGAAGAAUUUUCUUCCACUGCAAGAAGCCAGACUUUUAAAUCCGAAAAAUUCCCAAAGAAUCAAAAACUAGUCUGCGAGGCUUUUGGAAGUUUGAGUGUCACUGUGAUAAAAGAUUUUGCAAAAGAAAUGUUUUUGGUAUAGUGCUAAUUAAUAAGCUUUGUUGUUACAGAUGGAUUAGGAAAAAGAAUUCGGAGUCCAGAAGGGCUCGGUUCAUGG